AUGUUUGAAGAAAAGUUCGUCGACUUCAAACCCUCAGCUGGGUCAAUCCCGUUGGUCGGUGCAUCAAUCGUGGUGGACCAAUCAGAUUACCCUGGGGUUAUCCGCGCCGCAAGGGACUUGGCCCAAGACUUUGCUCGCGUGACGAAAGGGGAUGCAAGUCCGCUGAUUGUGAUAUCGUCUGAGUCGGACUACGAUAAGAUACAGACUGAAACAGCUAUCAUUGUGGGGAGUGUUGCUUCAAGUGGAAUCAUCAAGACGCUUGCGCAACAGGGCAAGCUUGAUACCCAGGCAAUUGAGAGGAAAUGGGAGACAUUCAGUACAGACACUGUCGAUCAGUCUCUCGGAAAGUGUGGAAGUGCUUUGGUUAUAGCUGGAAGCGAUAAGCGAGGAACAAUCUUUGGCAUCUACACGCUCUCUGAACAGAUUGGUGUCUCGCCGUGGUACUGGUGGGCCGACGUGCCACCAAAGCACCAUGAAGAGAUCUAUGCCAUCGAGAAACAGACGGUCCACCGCAAGCCAUCAGUCCGACACCGAGGCAUUUUCCUCAACGAUGAGGCUCCUGCCUUGACUGGUUGGGUGAGAGAGAAGUUCGGAGGAUACAACUCCAAGUUUUAUGUCAAAGUCUUUGAGCUUCUUCUUAGGCUCAAGGCCAACUUCCUCUGGCCCGCUAUGUGGCCAGGCUACCCCAACCCCGGCGCAUCAUUCUUCACAGACGAUCCACUCAAUCAGAAGCUCGCAGACGAAUAUGGUAUCGUCAUAUCUACAUCACACCACGAACCCAUGCAGCGGCUCUCAAAUGAGUGGUUCGCCGAGAACCCGGAUGGGAGCUGGAAUUGGUUGACCAACAAGCAGAAAAUCACUGAGUUCUUUGAGCAUGGCGCUAGUCGAGCCCAGGGCUGUGAUUCAUACUUCACUCUUGGUAUACGAGGAGAGUAUGAUAAGAAGAUGUUGGCUGAAGAUCCUGCUGCUGUGGUGCAGGAUGCUAUUGAGACGCAGAGACAGGUUGUUAAGAAGGUUUAUGGCAGUGAAGAUGCUGUACCACAACUCUUCGCUAUCUAUAAAGAGGUCCAGUCGAUGUUCGAGACAGGUCGACUGAAUGUUCCCGAGGAUGUCACGCUGUUGUUCCAGGAUGAUAAUUUCGGCACAAUUCGCCGACUUCCUACGAAGGAAGAGGCUAAGAGGAAGGGUGGGGCUGGUGUUUACUAUCAUCUCCAAUAUGUCGGAGACCCUCGCAGCUACAAGUGGAUCAACACGAACUCACUCGGGAAAGUAUGGCAUCAGCUUCAGCAAGCUUAUCACCACAACGCUCGCCAAAUCUGGGUCUUCAACGUCGGCGAUUUGAAGCCUCAGGAGAUCCCAAUCUCCUUCGCUAUGGCACUUGCUUGGGACAUCAACAGUAUCAAACAAGAUACUCUCCCAGAGUUCUUCCGUGAGGCAGCUGCCCGAGAGUUCGGAGGCGACCUGGCAGACGAAGUCGGUUCAAUAUGGCAUCGACAUGAUCGACUACUGGCCCUGAGAAAGCAUGAGCAUAUUGGGCCUGAUACGUUCUCGGUUCUUCAUCAUAGAGAAGCCGAUACCGUCUAUGGUCGAUGGAAGGAGCUUCUCGAUGAUGCCGAGAGGACACAUGCCCGUGUUUCUGAAGCACAGAAAGCAGCGUCUUUUCAGAUUAUUCUUCAUCCCACCAAAGCAUCAUAUAUCUACAACAAAGUACGGUGGAGUCAGGCGCUGAACAAACUGUACGCCCGCCAGAGACGGAACUCAGCAAAUACGUACGCCCAAAUCGCUCUGGGUGCCUUUGACCAAGACUUCACUCUCUCUGAAGAGUAUCAUAACCUCCUUGAUGGAAAGUGGAACCAUAUCUUGAUGCAGCCUCAUUAUGGGUACGAAGAUACAUGGCAUGCUCCUUCACGCGACAUGAUUGGUGGCUUAUGCUUUGUUCAGAAACGCCAGGACUCCAACCCUAUCGUUGGACAGAUGGGUGUUGCAGUUGAAGGCCAUGAAGGUGUGAGGGCCGGUCGGAUCAAUGAAGAAUCGGAGCGAACGCAUCCAAGUCGACGAGAUCUUGUUCCUGGUUUGACUCUGCGGCCUAUGAGUCGGUAUGGACCGGAGGCUCGAUACUUCGAUAUCUUCACCCGGGGAGUUCCAAAGAUCAACUGGUCUGCUUCAGCGCCUCAGCCUUGGAUCAAGCUGUCACAAGUGUCUGGUAUCUUGGUUCCCGGUGAAGAUGAUGCCCGGGUUGAGAUCUCGAUCGACUGGAAUCAAGUUCAUGAUGACUUCAAAGAAGAAGUACUCAUUGACGUUCGGUCGGAAGAAGGAGACUUUGAGCAGGUCCAUCUACCGAUCGAUGGCAGACGAGUUCCAGACUCUUUCAAAGGGUUUGUGGAACAGGACGGCUUCGUCUCUAUUCCUGCCACCGACUGUUACCUCGAGGCUUCGUACAUGGUUCUGCCCGAUGCAGGUAGACUUGAAACCGGGUCUCUGACUCUGGUCCCCGGAACAAAGAGCACUGAAUCAAUUCCCUACAUCUCUUACCCUUUCUAUCUCUUCACAGAGACCUCCAAGGCUACUUUGGUGCUUUCCUUUGGCACAACUCUUGAUCUUUCUUCAGAGGAUAUCCUCAGGUAUGACAUCCGUCUCGAUGAGGGACAAAGCCAAAGCUAUGCUCUGCAGAAGAGAACUCCAGAGAGCGAGAAGAAUGCUGCUGAUAAGGGAUGGGCGUCGGCUGAUGGCUGGUUCUUUGCUGCGUCGGAUAACGUUUGGAUUAGAGAGCAAGCGCUAACGUUGGGACCCGGAGCACAUACGCUACAUGUCAAGCUAGAUCACGCGAACAUGUUGCUUGAGAAGAUUGUGAUUGACUGUGGGGGUGUAGCAAAGAGCUACUUGGGUCCUCCCUUUGGCAUCAAGGCUUGA